AUGAAGACAAAUAUGAAAUAUUCAUUCGCUCAAUUGAUGAAAUUACCUGAUGAGAUAUUGAUGAUCAUUUUAAACAAAUUGAACAAUGUCGAAGUACUUUACUCUCUAAUAGGUGUUAAUACACGAUUCAAUCCAUUUGUACGUGAUCCUGUUUUUACUAGUCAACUUGCAUCAAUGAAACAUAAUCCAUCGACUCAUCUUACAUCUCCAUUAACUGAUAUAGUUCUUGAUCGAUUCUGUUUAGAAAUAUUACCUCAAAUUUGUAAUAGAAUCAAAUGA